CCGCCGACGCCGGCCGGCCUGGAGCCCUGGACGCCCAGCAGCUACACCGCCUUCAAGGUGAUCCUCUCGGCGCGCCUGUGCGCGGCCAUCUGGAAUAACAUUCAGGACUGCGACGAGACGUUCAACUACUGGGAACCGACACACUUCCUGCUGUACGGCCGCGGCUUGCAGACCUGGGAGUACGCGCCGCAGUACGCGCUCCGCUCCUACGCCUACCUGCUGCUGCACGCGCUGCCAGGCUACCUGUACUCGGCGCUGCUGCAGAGCAACAGGCUGCUGGUGUUCUACUUCCUGCGCUGCGUGCUCGGCCUGGGGUGCUCUCUGGCCGAGGUCUACUUCUACCGUGGCGUGUGCCGGGAAUUCGGCGCCAACGUCGGGCGACUUACCCUGGGCUUCUUGGUGCUCUCGGCCGGCAUGUUCAUCGCUGGCGCCGCCUACCUGCCCUCCAGCUUCUCCAUGUAUAUGUGCAUGCUGUCGAUGGGCGCGUGGUUCAGCCGCGCCUACCCGCUGGCCAUCUUCGGUACAGCGCUGUCGGCGCUGGUCGGCUGGCCGUUUGCCGCGCUGCUCGGUCUGCCGAUCGCGCUGGACGUGCUGUUGCGCCAGCGGCAGCCGGCGCUGUUCAUCAAGUGGUCGUUGGUAUCGCUGGCCGUUCUGGUGGCGCCGAUGACCAAGAUUGAUUCAGACAUGUACGGCCGCCUGGUAUCAGCGCCGUUCAACAUCGUCGCCUACAAUGUCUUCUCCUCCACCGGCGCCAACCUUUACGGCACGGAGCCCCUCUCCUUCUACUUCGUCAAUGGGUUUCUCAACUUUAACAUCGGCUUCGUGCUGGCGCUGGUAGCGCUGCCCGCUUGCGCGGUUGUCAGCCUGGUGAUCCGGCUGCCGCGUAAGAGCGCACUCUACCUGCCCAGCUGGCUGGCGCUGGCGCCACUCUACCUGUGGCUGCUCGUCUUCUGCGCGCAGGCGCACAAGGAGGAGCGCUUCCUGUUCCCGGCGUACCCGCUGGUGUGCCUGGCGGCAGCCGUCUGCCUGGACUCGCUGCAGAAGCUGUGGUACCACCUGGUGGUGCGCGCCAAGGCUGCGCACUACCUGCAGCGCACUGGCUGGCUGGCGGUGGCCGCGCUGGCGCUGUACGGCGCGGCCUGUCUGUCGCGCGUAGUCGGCCAGUACCGCGGCUAUCACGCGCCGCUCGACGCCUUCAUGGAGCUGAACCGGCUGGCGGCCGAGGAGAUGCACGAGCCGCGCCGCCCCCUGCUCGUUUGCGUGGGCAAGGAGUGGCACCGGUUCCCGUCGUCGUUCUUCCUGCCGGAGCUCAACUGGCGGCUGGGAUUCCUGGAGUCGGACUUCCGCGGCCAGCUGCCUCAGUACUUCACCGCCGGCGCCAACGCCACCCGGCUGCGACGCGACGGUUUCAACGACCGCAACGCCGAGGAACCGGGCCGGUACGUGGACGCGGCGCACUGCCACCUGCUGGUGGACGCUGACACGGCCGAGUCGCCGCGCCAGCCCAGCUACUCGCGCCGCGCGCGCAACUGGACCGUGCUGCACUCGACGCCGUUCCUGGACGCGGCGCGCUCGAGCCGCGUGCUGCGCGCCUUCUACGUGCCGUUUCUGACCGAACGCCACUGCCAGUAUGUGAACUAUAAUCUACUUGUGAACAAUGAGUGGCGUGACCAAUUGUUCAAACGGCGAACGGUGGGCGAGUGAGCACGCCGGCGCAUGUGGAGGACGCCGUCGCAGUGAGUGCGCGGGGAGGACGCCGUCGCAGUGAGCGCGCGGGAAGGACCCCGUCGCAGUGAGCGCUUGGUGAGGACGCCGUUGCAGUGAGCGCGAGGAGAGGACGCCGUAGCAGUGAGCGCGCGGGAGAACACUUUCGUAGU